AUGUCAGAUUCCUGGGGUUUCUUCCAAGGGAUACUCGACAAAGAGGUCCAAUUACGGCUUUUCAUACUAGUUUUUGUCGUACUGUGGCUAAAGCUUUGUCUCGGUCGCUUCACCGAGCACAAUGAUGGCCUUUCCACUGUCGGUCGUGCAUUUGCGCUUGAGCCAAGUCUUGUGACUCGUAUUCGUUUUGCAUUUAAAUCCCGUGAGAUUUUGACCAAUGCCUACCAAAAGUAUAAUGGGAAACCCUAUCGAAUCGUCCGCGGGGACACUCAUUUCGUGGUACUACCAGCCGAGUCCAUUACUGAACUCAAUCGAUUACCUCAAAGAGUCCUCAAUUCCCGCCAAUGCCAUGCAUUCUCACUAGUCGGGCACUUGAACAGCAUGGAUGUGGUGCUCCACACAGACUUUCAUGUCCGAGUUCUGCUUGGCACGAUCACCCCAUUAUUGCCUCUAUUUAUCGGACCCGCCAGCCUACGCAUGAAAGAAACUAUGAAAUAUACUUUCCCACAAGAUACCGACAAGUGGGCCACUGUGAAUAUGAUUGACGCAUCUGCUGCCGUAGCGGGUCGCGCAAUUGCCCUAGCAGUUGUUGGGGCACCACUGUGCGAUAAUUCGGCCUUCAUGAACCUGAUUAACAAACACACAGAAGACGUAUUCCUGAUUACCUUCGUGAUGCGCUUCUUCCCAGAAUGUUUGCAGUCAACAUUAGUUUGGCUACUACCAACAAAAUGGCGUUUCGGUCGAAGUCAGAAAGAAAUUGAGCAUCUGAUCGCCACAGAAGCUGAGAGGCAGAAGUCCCAGCCCACCAAUCUAGUCACAAGCGAUGGCUCCCCCCUUCCCACACUUUUCACUUGCAUGAAAGAGUCCAAAAAAAAAGACAAGUUGGACGCUGAGCUUUUGACUCGAUUGCUAGCUGCACUGUCAGCCGGUGGGACCUAUAGCGUGGCCAACUUCAUUUUUGCAUUCAUUCUGGAUAUGACCGCGCAUCCACAUUUCCUGGAGGAACUCAGAGCUGAGAUCCACCAGAAGCAUGAGCAGAUCAAUGGCGAAUGGAAUUUUGAGGCAUUGAAUGAUUUGCCAAAGAUGGAUUCCGCUUUCAAAGAGACUAUGCGUCUGACCCCUGGAAGCCUCACAACUUACAGUCGCGUUGUCCAGCAAGACUACCAGCUAUCAUCUGGUCUGACUCUGCGCAAAGGCCAAUUUGUUUGUGUUGAUAGCAGCUCCCGAGCAGCUAAUGAUGAUAUAUACUCGAAUGCUCGCGAGUAUGAUGCCAUGCGCGCGUACAAUUCGGAUUUAGAAGGGCACCUUGCACAGCCAUUUAAGGGUGUCUACGGAACGGACUUUCGAUGGGGCGCUGGUCGGUGGGCCUGUUCUGGCCGAUACUUGGCCUCUAUACUAAUCAAGUGGAUGGCCGUGAAGUUGCUAGAUGAGUAUGAGUUUCAGAUUCCUGGUGGAAAUCGACCGGAAAAUUGGUCGCUGCAUGAAUAUGUUUUUGUUCACCCUGGAACUCAAAUCAAGAUGCGUCGCCGGAAAGAGAGUCUUGACAUUCAAUGCGUCUGA